AUGGACAGUCAAUUUCAAAUGUUGUUUGAAAAAAUGAAGAUCGAGAUGCAGAAUCAAACAGCCGAACUGAAGGAAUCUAUUACAAAGAGCAUAAUGGACACGAUGGACGAGAAGCUAUCACCUAUAAUAGAAGAAAACAAAAAACUGAAAAGUGAAGUGGAGAAACUACAAAAGGAGAUAGAACAUUUAAGAAGGGGAGAAAGAAGUAACAAUAUUAUGAUAUUUGGUCUAGAAGAACUAGAAACGUCUACUGGCAAGUUACUAAACAAAAUGAAAGGAAUUUUUAAGAACGAUUUAAAUAUUACAUUAGAAGAUAACGAGAUUAACAAAAUUCAUCGCAUUGGAAAUAAAAACAACGAAAGGAAUAAGCCGAGACCAAUACUAUGCUCAUUUGUCACCAACUGGAAGAAGAAUGAAAUAAUGAAAAAUAAAAAGAGCUUAAGUAAGAUAUAUAUAACCGAAGAUUACUCUAAGGAAGUAUUGGAAAAGAGAAGAGCAUUAAAAACAGAGCUAGACAAAGAGAGGCAGAAGGGGAACGUUGCAUACCUUAAACACGAUAAAUUAAUAGUAAAGGAAAACUACAGCAGCCACGAGAAAAGGAAAAGAGACGUAUCUGCUUCUCCAUCUUCUUCUUCCUCUUACCAAAUGCAGCCAAGAAAGCAACAAACUAUAUCAUCAAUUAAAUAG